CAGUCAUCAGCACCUCUUUCUUUUCUUUUUCUUCAUCCAUACCGCCACCUUUCCUCCCUCCAUACCUAAUUUUUUUCCCACUCGACGCCUCAACAGGAGUCCGGCUAAUUGUCUUGACAGGAACGAAUAUUAAGCGAGUUUAACAUACAACGGACAAAUACCAGCAACAGCAUCUUUUUCAUCAUCAUAAUGCCUAUCGAAACCCGCGACCCUCGAGUUGAGAUUGAGUUCUGCACAGGAUGCAAAUGGCAUCUUCGAGCAGGAUGGAUGGCUCAAGAACUGCUUUUAACGUUCGGCAACACUAUCGGAGAACUGGCCCUGAUCCCUGGCAAGAGUGCGACGUUUAUUGUGCGGGUCAAUGGAAAGGUCGUAUUCGAUCGCAAGGACCAUGGACGCUUCCCGGAGAUGAAGGAGGUGAAGCAACUGGUGCGGGGGAUUGUUGCGCCAGAGAUGGGGCUGGGACAUAGUGAUAGUGCUGUCAAAUCUGCGGGUGCGUCAACAUCAGCAGCAGCAGUAGCGGCGCCGACUGAGGAAACUAGCGAGGAAGGACCUGCUGAGGCUACGGCUAGGCAAGUCGGACAGGAGCAGAAAGCAGCGAAGGAUGAUGUGGAUCCAGACGAUGAGGACUCGACAGCGCACGCCUUUGACUGCAAGACGUGUGCAUAGAUCAGCUGAAUAAAAUAUAUAGUCUAUACUGGACUCGUUGUGAUUUUAUCGAAUGCAGG